CUCAAAUGAGGACCACCGGACCUGUAGAGACAAACUGAUCGAAGGAGAAGGGUGCUGUGAUCCUAAAUCGAAGGAGAAGGGUGCUGUGAUCCCUCUGCUCAAAACUUCGCCGACGGUAGCAUAAAUCGUCGCCGCCGAUCCGCCGGAGCAGGGUUUGCAGGUCUCUUGAAUUGUUUUCGUGAGUUAUACGGGUUUAGGGGAGAUGGAUGGCUCGCAGAGGAAAGGAAAUGGGACGCCGGCCUCUCCUUGCAAUACUCCUAGAUCGAACGAGAAAUUUGGAAGAGAUCUCCGAUCUGGCGAUGGAGGCGGCCAUUUAAACAGUAAGAAUGAUAAGGAUAAGGGCGUCAACGUUCAGGUCAUCCUCCGAUGCAGACCUCUGAGUGACGAAGAGGCAAGGUUGCGGACGCCUGUGGUCAUAUCUUGCAAUGAGUCGCGGAGGGAAGUAUCUGCAAUGCAGAAUAUUGCGAAUAAGCAGAUCGAUAGAACUUUUGUGUUUGACAAGGUUUUUGGCCCAACUUCCCAACAGAAGGAUUUGUUCAAUCAUUCUAUCUCUCCAAUCGUGAAUGAGGUUCUUGAGGGAUACAACUGCACCAUUUUUGCCUAUGGGCAGACGGGCACCGGCAAGACAUACACAAUGGAAGGUGGAGGGAAGAAGGCGAAGAAUGGAGAGUUCCCAAGUGAUGCGGGUGUGAUCCCAAGGUCUGUUCGCCAAAUCUUUGAAACGCUGGAAGCACAAUGUGCAGAAUACAGCAUGAAAGUUACCUUUUUAGAGCUGUACAACGAGGAAAUCACAGAUCUUUUAGCUCCAGAUGAGUCGAAGGUCCCAGAUGACAAAUCAAAGAAACCUAUAGCUCUAAUGGAAGAUGGUAAAGGAGGCGUCUUUGUUAGAGGGCUGGAGGAGGAGGUGGUUCGCACGGCCAGUGAAAUAUACAAGAUAUUGGAGAAAGGUUCUGCGAAGAGGCGUACUGCUGAGACUCUACUGAACAAACAAAGCAGUCGUUCUCACUCCAUAUUUUCCAUUACAAUUCACAUCAAGGAGGUUACUCCAGAGGGGGAAGAAAUGAUCAAAAUUGGGAAGCUUAACCUUGUGGAUUUAGCUGGUUCAGAGAAUAUUUCAAGAUCAGGUGCUAGGGAUGGCAGGGCAAGAGAAGCUGGAGAGAUAAACAAAAGUCUUCUUACGCUGGGGCGCGUUAUUAAUACACUAGUUGAGCACUCUGGCCACAUUCCAUACAGAGAUAGCAAGCUUACAAGGUUGUUGAGGGAUUCCUUGGGUGGGAAAACGAAGACCUGCAUCAUUGCCACCAUAUCACCUUCAAUUUACUGUUUGGAAGAGACACUGAGCACCUUAGAUUAUGCUCACCGCGCUAAAAACAUAAAAAACAAGCCAGAGAUUAAUCAAAAGAUGAUGAAAUCUGCUAUGAUCAAGGAUCUAUACUCUGAGAUUGAUCGUCUUAAACAAGAGGUAUAUGCUGCCAGGGAGAAAAAUGGCAUUUAUAUUCCUAGAGAUCGUUUUCUACAAGAAGAAGCAGAGAAAAAGGCUAUGGCUGAAAAAAUUGAGCGCAUGGAAAUUGAAUCGGAAUCAAAAGAUAAGCAAUUAGGUGGGCUUCAAGAACUUUACAAUUCUCAACAAAACUUGAGUGCAGAGUUGAGUGAAAAACUUGACAAGACCCAGAAAAAAUUGGAGGACACUGAAAACCAACUCCUUGAUCUAGAAGAAAGAUACCGACAGGCAAAGUGCACUAUAAGAGAGAAGGAAUAUUUGAUAGCAAAUCUCCUCCAAUCAGAGAAAUCACUUGUCGAGCGUGCACACGGCCUUCAUUCAGAGCUAGAGAAUGCAGCUGCUGAUAUUUCGGGAUUGUUCUCUAAAAUUGAGCGCAAAGAUAAGAUAGAAGAAGGGAAUAGAAUUCUUGUGCAGCAGUUUCAGUCUCAGUUGACUCAACAGUUGGAUGUUUUACACAAGACCGUCUCUUCUUCUGUUACACAACAGGAGAACCAACUGAAAGAAAUGGAAGAGGAUAUGCAAUCAUUCGUUUCUGCAAAGAUUACGGCUACCGAUGAACUCAGAGAACUGGUUGAAAAAUUGAAAGCCAUGUUUGGAUCUGGGAUCAAAGUUUUGGAUGAUUUAGCUGGAGAAUUAGAUGAAAAUUCUCAAUCAACUUUUGGGAAUUUGAAAUCACAAGUGCUGACACAUUCUUCUGCUCUCGAGGAUUGCUUUAAAGGUUUUGCCUCAGAGGCUGAUAACUUGCUUGGUGAGCUUCAAAGAACCCUCUUUAACCAAGAGGAUAAAUUAAAUGCUUUUGCUCGGCAGCAACGCGAGGGACAUUUAAGAACUGUGGAGGCAACACGUUCUAUCUCAAAUACUACCAUUAAUUUUUUCGACACUCUCGAUAUUCAUGUAUCGAAGUUAAGCAAAAUUUUGGAAGAAACUCAGACCUCACAAUACCUGCAACUCAGCGAGCUAGAGAAGAAGUUUGAGGAAUGUGCUGCGAAUGAAGAAAAGCAAUUGCUAGCGAAGGUGGCAGAGAUGCUGGCAAGUUCGAGUGCCAGGAAAAUAAGUUUGGUUCAAACGGCAGUGGACACUCUCAGAGCAAGCGCAGCGGAUAGAACAAGUAAUCUACAAAAGGAAAUGUCCAAUGCUCAAGAUUUCACCUCAUCUGUCAAAGAAAAAUGGAUGGUUUACAUGGAAGAAACGGAAAAGAAUUAUCAUCAGGAUACUACAACAGUAGAAAGUGGAAGAUUCUGCUUGGAAGAAGGUCUGAAAGAUUGCCUGGAGAAGGCCAAAAUGGGUUCAAAACAGUGGAAAGAUGCUCAGGAUUCUCUGCUGACCUUAUGGAAAGGAAAUGUUGCAUCAGUGGAGUCCAUUGUUUGGAAUGGAAUGGAGGCAAAUCAGCUAUUGCGAGCUAAACUGUCGUCUGCUGCUGCAAACGCGCUUGGGGAUGUUCACAACGCAAACAACGGUCUUCAUUCGUCCAUAAACAGUUCAUUGAAACUUGACCAUGAUGCAUGCGCGAACAUUGACUCCAUCAUCGUGCCUUCUCGUGGGAAUCUAAGGAACUUGAGGAGCGGGCACUAUCACAAGAUCGUUGAGAUCACAAACAGUGCUGGGAAAUGCUUGGAAGAGGAGUACAUGGUGGAUGAGCCUUCUUGUUCAACACCAAAAAGGAGAUCAAUCAAUUUCCCUAGUGUAGCAUCCAUUGAAGAGCUGAGAACACCUCCAUUUGAGGAGCUUCUCAAAGGGUUCUGGGAAUCAAAGUCUGCAGCUAAGCAAAUAAACGGGGAUGUGAAACAUCUAUCUACAGCAUUUGAGUCUCAUUCGCAGGCCUUGAGAGACUCUCGAGUUCCCCUAACAACACUAAAUUGAGAGACUUCACAAAUCAUUAUGUACCUGCAAUUUGUACAGGUUAGAAGUUGCAAUUAAUUCUUUCCACUAUUUUUCCAGAUUGUUUCGAGUGUUCAGCCUACCCAAUCGAACUGUUGAAAUGGGAAAGGGGAAAUAUGUAAUAUUCUUUUUGUAUCGGUGGUUGAUAGAAGAAGAGAGUUUGACGCCUUUGCCUAGGCUGUCAUAUUGUUAAAGAAAUACCAUAUGUUACACUGAAUCCAGAAUUCUAGUUUCACAAAUCGCCAAAUUAAAAAGAGGAUAACUAGUUUGGAACAUGGUAAAGGUUAUGCAAGAAGUAAUUAAUGCUUUUCUUUCCUUAUUUAUGCA